AUGAUUGAUAACGAUAUAAUAAAAUGUCUCAUAGAAGAUUUACUCGAUCGUAUCUGUUUAAUAAACAGUUCAUCACCAAUUCAAAUAAAUUCUUCAACAUAUUAUUCAUCAAAAUCAACUGAAAAUAAAUUUAAUCAAUCAAUAAAUAUUCUUAAUAAUUCAAUAAAACAAUUGUUAACAUAUGAAUUAAAUACAGUUGUUAAUAAUGGUCAAUUAACGACAACAUCAAAUAUUCGACAUAGUCGUUAUUAUAAUCCAGCUACAACAAUUAAACAAAUAAAUGAUUUAAAAAAGCGACUUCAUUGGAUUCAACAAAGACAAAUGACCAUGAAGCAAUUAAAUAUUAAUCAAGAUAAAAAAAUUAAUGAAACAAUUUCUGAUGUUAAUUCACUUGAAAAUAUUUGGUUUGAACAUCGACUAAAAAUGUUAGAUAAUUCAUUGGAAUUAUUAAAAAAACAAGAAGCAGAAGAAGAACAACAACAAAACGAAGAAAUUCGUAAUGAUUCAUCAUGUGCUCGUUGUAGAAUUUAUCAAAGAAAAAACGAUACUGAUAAUCAAUUAAUAAAAAAAUUAAAACAUAUUUAUCAAGUUCAUAAUGAACAUAACUAUUCAAGAAGUUAUAUACAAUAUUCUACACCAGAAUCUGAUCUUAUUUUAUCUUUAUCAAAAAUUGCUGAUCAUAUUGGUCAUAAUUCAAAUUUAAAUGUAUCGAAUUCAUUAAAAAAAAUUCCAUCAACAACUACUACAACGACAACAACAACAACAAAGAAAAAACAGCAACAACAACAACAGCCAAAACUACAAUCAUCUAUAUCUCUGCUUGUUGGAGAUAUAAAUAAAAAUACUAAACGAACAAUAGAAGAAUCUCGAAAUAUAUCUAACAGUAAUUUCAUUUCAACUAAUUAUGAUCUUACAAAUAAACGACACAAAAGAAUAGUUUCUUAUCGUAAAACAUACUUCUCAAGUGGAAUAUGUUCAAAUUCUAUUUAUAAAAUGUAA